AAUCAGAAGUACAAACAGGCGUGCGUACACCAACAUAUCCGACAAUUCCUUUUGAGUUCUUCCGCCAUCACCAACGUUGUACCAAACAAAAACAAAAAAACAACACAACCCACCAAACCCUUUUGAUUCCAAUGUCUCCAAAACAACCUCUAAUAAUCAGAGACAAAACCCAGAUGCGAAACUGGUCAAGGUCAAUGCGAUCCCAAUCCAAACUCAUUGCUUUCGUUCCCACCAUGGGUUACCUUCACCAAGGCCAUCUUUCUCUCAUCACAGAAGCUCACAAACACGCCAAUGUUGUAGCAGUAUCCAUCUACGUCAACCCGGGUCAGUUUUCACCUAAUGAAGAUCUUUCCACUUACCCUUCUGAUUUUGAAGGUGAUGUUCAGAAGCUUUUGUCUGUUCCUGGUGGGGUUGAUGUUGUUUUUAAUCCGAAGAAUUUGUAUGAUUAUGGGGAGAGUGAGGGUGGUGAGGGGGGUGGUGGUGGUGGUGAUGGGGUGGUGUCUUGUGUUGAGAAGAGUGGUUUGGGACAUGAGAGUUGGGUUAGAGUUGAGAAACUGGAGAAGGGUCUUUGUGGGAAGAGUAGGCCUGUUUUCUUUAGAGGGGUUGCUACUAUUGUUGCUAAGUUGUUUAAUAUUGUGGAGCCUGAUGUUGCUGUGUUUGGGAAGAAAGAUUAUCAGCAGUGGAGAGUUAUUCAGAGAAUGGUUCGCGAUCUUGAUUUUGCUAUAAAAGUGAUAGGUUGUGAAAUAACAAGGGAAACCGAUGGUCUAGCAAUGAGUUCGCGCAAUGUACAUCUCUCAUCUGAAGAGAGGGAAAAGGCACUAUCUAUAAACAAAUCAUUAUCAAGAGCCAAGUCAGCCGCCGAAGAUGGUCAGGUGCAAUGUGAGAAAUUGAGGAACUUAGUCAACCAAUGUAUUACUGACGCUGGGGGAAGACUCGACUAUGCUGAGAUUGUUGAUCAACAGAGUUUAGAGAAAGUGGAGUUGAUCAAAAGUCCUGUUGUGUUCUGUGUUGCUGCAUUUUUUGGGAAGGUCAGGCUUAUAGACAACAUGGAAAUCAACUUAUAAUUAAUCUAACCUUCUUUGUCACAUAGCUAUUGGUUAGUAGUUCUAACAGUUCAUAGGGUACAAAACAUAAGGGAUAUUUUUCGAAAAAUCUAUGCAUGAGAUGCAUUUAUCCGCCACAAGAAAUUCUAGGAGAGCUGCUAUACAGAAUUCAAAUAAAUGCUAAAUAACAACUUCAUGAAAGUGGAGGAGUGGAUUGAAGUUUUGUGACUGCAAAACAUGGAUUGAAUAAUUUGUACUACUCUUUGUUUCCUAGUUGUAUGUUCAAAUCAAUUUUUUAGUCGUCUUCACUGUAAUAAUGAUUAUAAGCACUUUUUUUUUACCCCUUGAUACCUAUCUCAAAAUUGACUUCGAGGAUAAACAAUAAUAUCUAGGUUGGUAUCAACUCUCAACUCUAAUUAAAAGUAAACACUUCAAUCUCAAUAGAUAUCUCCCACUAACAUUUUUCAAUCAAGGAUUCUUCGAGUCAUCAUUUGGACAAAACCUAUAAUCAAGCUAAACAGAUAUUUUUUACUAAUAUUUUUCAAUCAAGCAUUCUUCAUGAUAUUAAAAUGCAUGGAUGUUUAUAUUCAACUUCUUAUUUGAGUGCUUUUUUAGUGGCAAACUCACAUUCUAGCGAUCUUAAUACUUUUUGUGCUUGUAGAUACAAAAUUGUUUGCUUUUAAACUUGACAAGCUAAAUGGGGGCAAUACAAUAUACUCCAUCUACCCGCUAAUUAUAAAACUCU